CUGGGAGAUACCUCGUUGUAAUCAGAAAUUUAUGGACUAUAAUUACGCCUCAUUAAGAAAGCUUUUGGUUGUUCUUUAGAGUUUCUCGAAAACUGGUUUUCCAGAAAACCGGCUCUUGAAGGUUUAGCAGCAGCAGUCAUGGUGAUAUUCAGAAUCAGCAUCAUCGACUACCUAUAGUCCACUAGGUUUCGUUCAAAAAGCGAUUUAUCAGUUGAGGUACUUCUCUCGUUAGUUUAAUGUUAAAUGCAUGUACAAAACAACUUUGUUUUCAAAUAAGAUAAUUUAAGAGUACCUUUCACCCCUGUCUUUUUCAUUCUCUCGGAAAAAAUACACGGAAAGAUUCCAUUGAAUGCAAGUUUUUAUUAGAAUAGCACACUGAAACUGAAAAUCGAUGUAUUUUUAUCCAAAAUUUUCUGAUCUGUGGUUCUAUGUUUUCUCGAGAUUCAAUCAUGUUAUAACCAUUCGAAAAGAUGAUCGAAUUGAACAGGCUCAUUUUUUUAGCGGAAUGGCUAUUGUCACCCCCCGGGGUGGCAGCAAGAAGCUAUUGACAGUCCAACACUUAUGCACUGCAUAAAUGUGUUAUUCAAAGUGUUAUGUUGAGUUAGUUCUGAAUUUGACGGUCUAUGAGAGAUGGUUCGGAGCGGGUGGGAUGGCUGUGCAUGAGAGUAAGCCACUAGAAUAGUUCCAUGUUACCUGGAGAUGAUGGUCUUUUUUGAAUAGCACAUUUAUGCCGUGUGUGAGUGUAUUUUGAACUAUCAAUAGCUCUUACUGCCAGUUCGAUGGGGUGUCAAUAGCUGCUUGCUACCAGUCUUUAGACUGUCAAUAGCUUCUUGCUGCCGCCCCGGGGGUGUCAAUAGACCUACCCUUUUUUUAGCCAAUCGUCACAUGCAUAGACGACCUACUAAAGAAGAAAGCGCUUGAUUAAGAAAAUAUUUUAGGAAUAAGUUCUCUGAUUGAGAUACAGUCUUUCAGACAAAAUGAAAAAAGUCAGUUUUUAACGACAAUUCAUCUCUCCACAUCGCACUAUGUUCAACUCAAAUAAUAAAUUUUUGUUAAAAAAGAGGGCAAUAUCCUUAAAAAAGUAAAAUGUGCAAAUUCUUUUUAUGAGUGUAAAAAUCAGUCUAAGAGAAAGAUUUUUAAAUUUUAAUAUUUUGUUUUUAGAAAGAUGGUAUUCAUUUUCGUGCUGAUUCAUUAUUUAUUGAUAUGAAACAUCUGUUAUUGUCAUCAAAUUCGAAUAGCCAUCGACGACAUUAUCAUCAAGGCCAUUGGGGAGGAUCUUAUGUGCCUCCGACUAUUUAUCGUCUUUGUAUAUGUAAUACAUCAUUCUUAUUACUAAGAAGUUCACCAAUGAAUUCUUGUCCGUUAUGUUAG